AUGGCGACAACAAAUUUUACAGAUGGUGGGUCUAAGAUAAAAACAAUCCAAGAACUGGCAUGUUCCCCUUCUUCAGCUGAUGGAUUACAACAACCAUCAAUUUAUCUCGCUGCAGUCAACAUGUUCCUCUCAGUCACUGCGUUUCUUGGGAAUUUUCUCAUUCUUGUUGCCCUUCGCAAGGAGUCUUCCCUUUGUCCGCCAUCCAAGCUCUUAUAUCGAUGUCUGGCAAUAACUGAUCUGUUGGUUGGUCUUGUUACUCAGCCUCUUUAUGCUACUUAUUGGAUGUCCUUAGUUUACGAACAACGGAGUCUUUGUCUAUAUACAUACUACACCGCCUGCAUAACAGGCUUUACCUUGUAUUCAGUGUCUUUGUUGACAAUAACGGCCAUAAGCGUGGACAGACUUCUGGCCCUGUUGUUAGGGCUGAGAUACAGACAAAUUGUAACGUUGAAGCGCACAAGUAUCAUUACAACUACCUUUUGGAUUGUAUCUGUUGUCGCCGCUUUAUGCUACAUUUUAGAUAACCGCAUAACCCUUUCUUUUGGUUGUACAGUUAUACCAUCUUGUCUAGUGAUCUCAAUCACAUUGUACUCAAAGAUUUUUCGCACUCUCAGGCAUCAACAGGCUCGAGUACAAGAUCGUUUUCAGCAGCAGCCAGGCCAACCAAAUGCACUGAACAUCGCAAGAUACAGAAAAGCAGUGUACAGUGCACUGUGGGUGCAGCUUGCUUUAGUUAUUUGUUAUGCACCAUAUGAUAUUGUGGUAACUAUGAUCAUUUUAAGAAAGUCAUAUUCAUCACAUCUCAUCGUCUGUAAAGACAUUCUGGUAGUUUUUGCCCACUUUGACUCCUCUUUAAAUCCUUUUCUUUUUUGCUGGAGGAUUGGUGAAGUAAAACAAGCAGUAAAGCAGACAAUCAGACAAACACUUUGUCUAUAGAGUUAAAUUCGUCUUAGGCCACACUCAAAUGGACACCUUCAAGGCUGCCGUUUAAUUAGUCACAACCCCU